GGCGAAUGAUGCUUAAAUACAGACACUAGCGUAGUUGUCGUGAGAAUGGGAUAUCUGGUUUUUCGGCCGUUUCAAUUGCUGGCGCCUAUUUGGUGACGCAUUAAGAUGAUGUUGAUUGAUAAUCGAAGGCAAAGGCGUCGCGCAGUCAUUACUCUUAGUCUAGAUGCUGUUAUUGUGCGGUUCGAGGUUGGUCGGCAGGAUCAGUAGGUGGUGGUGCCGUGGUGGUAGGAGUUGAACGUGGCAGGCCAAGAGGGUCUUCACGAUGUCGAGAAAUGGCUGCCCUGGCAGGAGUGUCAGGCUGGGCUCCCGAUCGAGCGUAUGGCGAAUCGUACUCUUGUUGUUGUUGUUGUCGUGAGGCGGAAGCUCGGGUCAUAGGUGACUCCUGCUCAGACUUGGUAGAACCACGUGCACGCCUUCGCUUGCCGGACGAUGAGCUCGAAUGGGAAUUGCUUGCACUUUGAGGCUCGCGUGCUGUCGGUGUUAGCAUCGCGGCUAUAGCCAUGGUCGUACCAGUUGUUGGAAGAGCAGGCUUUACUUCUUCUGUUGCUGCUGUAGUCGCAGGGGCGGGACUGCUUUCCACUGGCUGCGAAGAUGCCUGCGCCACCAGUCUUGGUCCUGAUGUUGGGCCUGGCGCGCCGGGUGUUUGACUGGUCGCUCCAACGGUCUCGGCCUUCCUCAGUGCUUCUGCUUUUGUAGGACGACCUCGCUUACGCUUGAUGGGGGGCUCCGAUGGGGACUGCGAGGCAUAUAUCGUAGGCGCUGAAGACGGCUGCAGCUUGGGCAUGAUCGCGCGGCCAGCGCCAGGUCCAGGUGCACCUGCCGAAUACGAUGCUCCUUCGUGUGGGAAUCCUCUUUUGAUGCCACCCAGUGUUAUCGGUCCUGUCGAAAGCGGUGUCGGUGUGUGCGGAGCUAUGGGCGUUCCCAUUUGCAAGGAUGUCCGCAGGGCUUCAAAGGCGUAUCGGCUAGAAUUAAGCGAGCGUCCAGGCGGCAGUGGGAUUUCUUCCCAACGUGGUUGGAUGUUCAGGCUUCGCAGGACGUCGAAUAAGACGUGCGCAGGUGGAUUUGCAUUUUUGAUUAUUUCUGCCAACAGGUAGUUCUUUUCGUGAUUAGACCAUGGCUGUUCAGGAGGUGUACCUGCCAUGCCGAGAAGAGGACGGGAGGGAGGGAAUACGAAGGGCAAUGGUAGAAGACAUGCGUCCCAGUGGUACAGUAUUUCAACAAUUAGCCGUCGGCGCGUAAGGUAUCGUCACGUCGUCGCUUUUCUAACAAAGGAAACCAGCCGCGAUAGUGAAUGCUCGGAAAUGCCAGCAGCACCAGCGAUCGUUCAAACGAGUGU